GUUCCACGGAGGUGCUGAGGACAAGCCACUAGUCUGGAGAUCCUGCAGGCACUGGUCAGUUGAUCGGUGGUCUCUAUCUUAUCAGACUUGGCGUUUGCUCUGCGGGGAAUUUCUCUUCUCCAACUCUCUUCCUCUUCGUAUAUCACCGCUCCCUUCUCUCUCCUCUCCUCUCCUCCCUUUCUUUCUAAUCCCCCUGUUCAUCUCCUACCUGCCCAUCUCUCUUUACUCCCCCAGUAUAUACCAUGACCACCAGAUAUCGCGUCGAGUAUGCCCUCAAGUCCCAUCGCCGCGACCAACUGAUCGAAUGGAUCAAAGGUCUCCUCGCCGUCCCCUUCGUCCUGCACUCCCAGCCCACCGUCAUCUAUCAGGAAGAUAGCGAGAAUCUAGUCGCCGUCGCUGCCGACACUCACCAGCGCUAUGCCGAGAUCUUUCGGGACGUGGAGAGUCUGAUUCGCGAUCAUAUCGACCACGAAGCAAAAGACCUCCCCGGCAAAUCUAAAUUGAAACUCCUCGUACCCACCGUCGGUUCCUUCUUCACGCCCCUCCACCUCGAAGACGCAUUCAAAUACCAAGACCGUAUACGCGCCAUCAGCCGCCGCCGCUUCGUCGCCCCCUCCUUCAACGACAUUCGCCUGAUCCUGAACUCUGCCCAGCUCCUCGGCCUCGUGCGCAGCUCACACGUUGACCUGGUCACCUUCGACGGAGAUGUCACCCUCUACGACGACGGCGCCUGCCUCACGUCAGACAACCCCUCUAUCCCGCGCCUCCUCCGCCUCCUGCGCCAGGACCGCAAGGUCGGCAUCGUCACCGCCGCCGGAUACACCGAGGCAGAGAAAUACUACGCCCGCCUGAAGGGCCUGCUGGAUGCCGUGCAUGAAUCGAGCGAUCUCACCCCCGCCCAACGCGAUGGCCUGGUCGUCAUGGGCGGCGAGAGCAACUUCCUCUUCCGCUACGACGCGGCCUCGCCGUCUCGUCUGUCCUACGUGCCCCGCGACCAGUGGCUUCUUCCCGAGAUGACCACCUGGCAGGAGUCGGAUAUCACGGCGCUGUUGGAUCUCGCCGAGUCGUCGCUGCGCGCGUGUGUCCGGAACUUGGGAUUGCCCGUGACGGUGCUAAGGAAGGAUCGUGCGGUCGGUGUCAGUCCGGUGAACGGGACGAGGGUCAAUCGCGAGCAGUUGGAGGAGACGGUUCUGGUGGUGCAGAACACGAUUGAACGGUCGGCAGUCGGUGGAAUCCUGCCGUUCUGUGCUUUUAACGGAGGAAACGACGUCUUCGUCGACAUCGGCGAUAAAUCGUGGGGUGUGCGCGCCUGCCAACAGUACUUCGGAGGCAUCGAGCGAACCCGCACCUUGCAUGUCGGCGAUCAGUUCUUGUCCGCUGGGGCCAAUGAUUUCAAGGCCCGCCUUGCAUCCACCACAGCCUGGAUCGCCGGUCCGGCGGAGACCGUGCAGUUGCUCGAUGAACUGAGCUCAGUGGAGGAAGAAUGAACGCGUUAUAAUUCCUAUCCGGGUUGGCUUCGAUAUUCUGUCAGGAAAGGUUAAUAUCUUAUAAUUUAUGCUGAGUAAGGCUGCAAUCGAGUUGUAGCAGUCGCAUGUGUUGGCUAGCCUGUUGUCUAUGCUUCCGGUUUAUUUGCAGGUAUAGGGUAUUUGCAUUUUGUUCAUUGUUUAAUUGGUUCAUAUUGCCCGGGUUGUUUGCUUGGUUGGCAUUCUAAGGUAUUGCAUCGUGUUGUUGGUGUCUGUUUGUUUGCAUUUGCCAUUCAUAUUGAAUUUGUUAGUUUGAUGUUCAUGGUACAUUUGUGCUCAUGCUCAUGGUCGUGGUAAUGGUUCUGGUUAUUUAGCAAGCACGCUGUAUCUUUUUGUCUUAAUAGGAUGUCAGCAUGUCAUGGGAUUUUUAAUUAAC